AUGCUCCAGCGUGCUAGUCAGUUUAUCGCCGCGGAGACUUGGAUGGCUGGAAGGCGGGAGGAACACAAAAAGGUUAAGUCAGAGCCCCCCCAACAACAACAACCCGCCGCCUCUCGGCGAAAGUUGGACAGACCUGACCCAAUGCCCCCUCUUCCCGCCUUGAAUUCGUCCCGGACUGAAAUAUUCCUACACGAGAAGGGGAAAGGGCUGCUCAAAGACCCUCGCCCGAUGAGGAACCCGCGGGAGCUCGCGGACCGAUCAAGAUAUUGCCGAUUUCAUCGGCAGCACGGGCACGACACCGAGCAAUGCUACGAAUUGAAGAAACAAAUCGAGGAGCUUAUCCUCAGGGGACACCUCGGCCAGUACGUCCGGCCGAACAAAAAACGGUCUCCUCGCCCGGAGGGCCCCGUCGAGCGGCACAUCGAUGUGAUAGCCGAGGGUCCUGCAUCAGGAGGAGGCUCUACGUCAGGCAGGAAGGCGUAUGCUCGAGCCGCCCUCGAAGCCUCGGGGCACGAGCCGAAGCCCGAGAUUACCUUCCCAACCGGAGCUGCCGAGCAACCCGACCACGACGACGCCCUGGUAAUAUCUGCCAGGGUAGCCAACGCCCAUAUGAGGAGGAUCAUGGUCGAUACGGGGAGCUCGGCCGACAUACUCUACCUCGACAACUUUCAGAAGCUAGGCUUGGCCAGGAGAAACCUAAGCCCGAUGUGCUCAACGCUCACCGGUUUUACGGGAGAUUCAAUAUCGCCCUUGGGGGCCAUUACUUUGCCCUUGACUCUGGGACCCCACCGAGGUCGAAGACGGUGA